CGCACCCCGCCCACAUGGCGAUUAUCUCGUCAGGUGGAGAAACACGGUCCGGCUGAGCUCGGUUAAGCUCCGGUUUGGAUUAGCGGUGUGUGCAGAGGACAGGCUCGGGUCCGGUGGACCGGAACCAGCGGGGUUGAGUCCGGUUCGGAGCGGGUUCGACCCGCUUCAACCCCGUCAGAGGAGACAGAGGACGGGGAAAGUUUGCUUUGUCUUCGCUGUCCACGACGGUGAAGUGCCGUGUCUCACGCUGUGGCGCCUCUCCUCACAGGUCGGCCAUGUUGAGGUAGAGGCCGCUCUCGCUCCCUGCCGCCACCAUGCUGAGGCGCCUGGACCGGAUCCGCUUCCGGGGCUCCAGGCGGGACGACUUCCUGGACCUGAGCGAGUCGCCCAACACGUCGGACACCGAAUGCGGCGAGGAGGCGGUGAGCCGGGCCCGCCUGUCGGCGCGGGAGUCGGAGGAGGCCCGCGAGGCGGACGGGGAGCAGCCGGGCGACUCCCAGGCCGGACCCGCCUCGUUUUCCGCAGCGCUCCAGGACGACGCCAGGACGGACCUCAAUGAGGUCAAAGGUCAUCUGGAGAUCGCUCUGCUGGAAAAGCACUUCCUACAGGAGGAGCUGAGGAAGCUCCGGGAGGAAUCCAACCUGGACUCGCUGAAGCAGGAGCUGGAGAAGGAGCGCAGCCGACGAGCCGAGCUGGAGCAGAGGUUCAACGACGCUCUGAGGUCCCGACUGGAGGACUCCCCCGCCCAAACACCUAGAGCUCCGCCCCCUCCGCCGCCUGCAGGCAGCGGCACAGAGAAGCAGACGGAGACUCUGUCCGACAGCUGCCUCAAGUGGCUGUACGAGCGCUUCGGCGUCUACAUCGAAGACUUCCGCUUCCAGCCGGAGGAGACGACGGUGGAGACGGAGGAGCCGCUGAGCGCCAAGAGGUUAACAGAAAACAUGAGGAGGCUGAAACGAGGAUUCAGACCCGUGACCAACUUCAUGAGGAACCUGUCCGCCUUAUCCAGCUGGUACUCCGUCUACACGUCGGCCAUCGCCUUCAUCGUCUACAUGUACUCGGCGUGGCACGGCUGGGCCAUCCCCAUGUUCCUGUUCCUCGCCAUCCUCCGCCUCUCCCUCAAUUACCUCAUAGCCAGAGGCUGGAGGAUCCAGUGGAGCAUCGUCCCUGAAGUGUCGGAGCCGGUGGAGCCUCCUAAAGAAGACCUGACCGUGUCUGAGAAGUUCCAGCUGGUUCUGGACGUGGCUCAGAAGGCUCAGAACCUGUUUGGGAGGAUGGCCAACAUACUGGAGAAGAUAAAGAACCUGUUCAUGUGGGUGCAGCCCGAGCUGACCCAGAAGCUGUACGUGGGCCUGUGGGUGGCCUUCGUCUCCUCCUGCCUGCUCCCUUUCCAGCUGCUGGGCUUCAUCAUCGGUGUGUACGCCGGGAUCAAAUUCUUCAUCAUCGACUUCAUCUUCAAGAGCUGCCCGAAGCUGCGGCAGCGCUUCGACACGCCGUACAUCAUCUGGACCAACCUGCCCACCGACCUGCAGCUGAAGGAGCGCGGCAGCGCCACGCUGAGCCGGAGGGUGACGGCGGCGGGGGGGCGAGGCAGCGUCGCGGCCGCCGCUCCUCUGGGCGUCGGCCGGGACGAGGACGGAGGACGAUACUACAGCACCAAGAGAGGAGCCUUCCACGAGGUGUUCAGCCUGCCUGAGAGCGAGCACCCUCUGACAGUCUGUGAGAACGGCUGGCGCUGCUGCCUCAUCAACAGAGACCGGAGGACGCCCACGGACUACAUCCGGAACGGAGUCCUGUACGUCACCGAGAACUACCUGUGCUUCGAGAGCUCCAGCUCCAGGUCCGGGUCCUCCAAGAGGAACAAAGUCAUCAAGCUGCUGGACAUCACAGACAUCCAGAAGUACAAGGUGUUGUCGGUGCUUCCUGGAUCUGGGAUGGGCAUUUCCAUCGCCACUCCGUCCACCAUCAAGCCGAUGGUGUUUGGAGCCAUGAUGCACAGAGACGAGGCCUUCGACGCCAUCUUCAACCAGUACAUGGAGGUCAUCUCGAAGUCCGCCUCCAGCCCGGAGCUUUAGCCCCGCCCCCUUCCACCGGGAUCCCGCCUUAACCAGCCUCCUCACACAGCAGCUCUUCUCGUUAAAAGUAACCUUUUCAAGUUAGAAACUCUUACAAAACAUCGCUUUUCUGAAAGUAACACACUUUUUGAACUUCCAGGGAGAAUUUGAUCCCACUCACACUUUUUUUUUAUAAAAAUUGUGAAAUUUUAAGUCCUUUUCGUGACUUUUCAACAGAUUAUUUUCCUUAUAACUAGUUUAUUUUUCAUUUUGUUUUUUGUAAUGCAUACAUUAAAGUGAAUGACUGUCACACUGUAAAAGUAUUUCUUAUACAAUCACCUGGACUUGUUACUGAAUUGAAAGAACGGGUAAAAAUUGUAAGUAGAGGUGUCAAACAUAAGGCCCAUGGGCCACAAUCUGCCCUACAAAGGGUCCAGUCAGGCCCUGCAGAGUGAAAGCUCCAAAAAGUUCUACUGUCAUUCUUCCUGAACCAGAAGCAGCGGACAUUCCAGCUAGUUCUGAUCAUGCUAUCCAUGUAGCGUUAGCAUGCUAACAUAUGAUGAAGGGAACUGGCUAAAUCAGACUGAAGAGAGUUUUAACAGCAUCUUCCUUUCACUGGUUUCGUUAUUUUGAAUAUUCUAAACCAAACAAUUACACCUUUAUUUACUGUGCGGUGAAUCCAGCAUCGUUUGACCUGUAAUUUGACACCGGCCUCAUGUAUUUACCACUGCAUGGCGGGGAACACUUCUGUCCACAUUGUAACUUCUCCACUUGGCUAAAAGAAUAUUGUAAUUCUUCUUCUUGUUAAUGUUACUCUACAUGUUAAACUCCAAAUCUGCUAAGUUAGUCAGUUGUGCUGAUUAAAGGCUUUUAACUUAAAAUACCUGUUAAAUUGUUCCAUAUAGUCUGAAGAAGCAUAUUUAAUUCAUAAAUCAAUUUAUUUCCUCUCUGUUACACAGUCAUAUAAUGUGUAUUUUUUUCUUGGAGACCCAAAAGUAGCUUUUUAACACAGAUCAAACUGAACUGAACUCCUCACUAACAACCUGAAAUUUGACGUUUUUGAUUCUCAGUGUCAUUACAAUAAUCAAUAAACUUUGAUUGAAAAGCUGAAACAUGCUUUUGUUAACAGUUAAGCAACAGCAUUUGUAAACCAGCCGUAAAAAACUGACUUUCAGAGUGAAGGUUUUCAAUCGAACAGCAGAAACACAAUGAAGUGCAGUUAGUUUUCAUUUUCUUCUGUUUGCAGUUGGAAUUCCACCAUUUCUGUAAAACCAGCAUUAGCAUGAAUAUGGAUUAUUGUACGACGUGAAAUAACCAAAUUAUUUUUAUUCUUAAACAUUUUAGCAAAAUUCACUUAAAAACAGCUUGAACAAUCUGAAUAGGAUCAGUUCAAUCUGCUGUUUUCAGUUUUUCUUUGUGCUCGGGGAGGUUUGGUUGUAGUUUGCACCCUGAUGCCGGUCGUUCUGCCGCGAUGCCUCACAUGAACUGAAAGCUGUUCGGUCUCUUUGUGUUGUGGUCUCUCAGGUCUUAUUUCUGUUUGCCAUGUUGUGACUGUUUCUCAGUGGACUGGUGACUUUGAAAUUUGAGGGUUUUUAUAAAAUGUUGUCCUUGUAUAAGUUUUUGAAUGUUACUCCUGUUGUUAAAAUGUGAAGGUUUUUUGUAUUGAAUUAAAAGGUGUCCUGGUGAU